AUGUCGGAGACGAAGCAGUUUGGAAAGGGCCAGAGGACCGUGCCGGCUCAGAAGGCCCAGAAAUGGUACCCCGUUGAUGACGAGUCGCAGCCUAAGAAAGUCCGCAAGGCUGUUCGUCCCACCAAGCUCCGGGAAAGCCUCCAGCCCGGUACUAUCUUGAUCCUCCUCGCCGGUCGCUUCCGUGGCAAGCGUGUUGUCCUCCUCAAGCACCUUGACCAGGGUGUCCUCCUCGUCACCGGCCCCUUCAAGAUCAACGGUGUUCCCCUUCGUCGUGUCAACGCCCGCUAUGUGAUCGCCACCAGCACCCGCAUCGACAUCAGCGGCGUCGACGCUCAGACCGUCGAGAAGGUCUCCACUCCCGACUACUUCACCAAGGAGAAGAAGGCCGAGAAGAAGACCGAGGAGGCUUUCUUCAAGCAGGGAGAGAAGCCCGAGGUUGCCAGCGCUCGCGCCAGCGACCAGAAGGCCAUUGACCAGUCCAUCCUGGCAUCCGUCAAGAAGGAGAACUUCCUUGGCAGCUACCUCGCCAGCACUUUCAGCCUCCGCAACGGUGACAAGCCCCACGAGAUGAAGUGGUAA